AUCAUGAUGAUGGUCACCUCCUUCGCCCCUCCCUCGCUAUUAUUAUUAUUAUCAUCGAUUCUACAGUGCAUUCAAAGCACUGCUCUCUCUCCUCCCAACGAACGAAACAAAAACAAGACAGACGCUCCUCCAAAGCAAUCCGUCUCCCUCUCCACACACGACGACGCAAAUAGACAGAGCCAAGGAGAUGAAUCCACCAUGGAGAUACCUUCUUCUUCUCCAAUCUACUAGUAGAUGACAUGAAAGAAGAAGAACAAGUGGAUGGAUCAAGAGAAUCAUUCGACCUCUGCAACGUCCACUAGUUUACUUUCUUCGAGGAGAAGUGGCACAGUAGCUUUUUUUGACCUAGAGAAUGAUUCUUUCACCGGGACCUAAACCAUGGCCAUUUCUUUAAUGGAAACGAGGACUGGACAACUGAGGUCUCCAAUGUGGUCGCAUACUCACAAGUGGCUCUGCAUUUUCUUCCACAUGGUUCCCUGUCCAAUGCAGAUUAGAAUGAAUACAAUGGUCUAGAUUGGGGAAUUCUCUGUCAUCGAUACACUUCAGCUUCAGCCAUGGAUGAGUUUUCAGCAGUCUACCUGUCAUGUCACUGAUAGCACUACUCAGAGAAAGGGAAACAAGACGUUCUCUCUUUUUUCCUUCAAUUUACCAAAUUUUGGUGGCAAUGGGCAAGGCGUUAACCAUGCCAGCCACACUUCAUGCUGCUAUUUCAUUCCCAAAAGAAAAGGAAAAAACUUCAUGCUGCCAUGGGUCCAGUUCUAUCAAGUUGAAUAUACAUGCCGUAGCUGAUCUUCAGUUCUGUUGUUGAUUUGAAGAUUACACAAAUUCUGAUGUUACAUGUACAUGUCAGAGCUUGCACUGGAUGGAACUUAUUUGAUGUUUUCCCCAUUCUCUACAAGUGCACCAGCUGAUGGAUCUCCACAUGAAACUUCUCCUGGCCUCCCUCAGCUGUGUUCUUCUGAUCCAGGCAGCAUCAUGUGAUGGAACCUCAGGAGAAACUGAAACGACAAACUGGACAUGUGUAUGCAUAGCUCAACCACUAGGUGAAACAAACUCUAACAGCAGUCUGUUGUCCAAUUGCUCGUCGUCCUGCCAUUGCCAACAGGAUGAAAACGGUGGCACGGGGUCAUGGAACUGCACAUGCACCUCCGAUAAGGCCCUUCGGAAAGAAGAAGACGCUGUGUUGGGUGAUACGAGUUGCUUCACUUCCUGUAACUGCACAUCUGGAAGUUCUGUGGAGGGAAAAAAGCAUGUCUCCAACAAAGCAGUCAUAGUGACACUCCUAGUGUGUGUGAUUCUCACCACUACUUUUUUCCUUGUCACCACUGUAUACUACUUUCGCCGCAAGGAUGUUCUCUGUCCACGUUCCCAGAUACACUCCUUCGAUAAGUACACUAGCUGGAGCAGCAGAUCAAAUCUUGUCAGCCAUCGAUCGUCUCCUUGGCCCCAACCGAAACCGAAACCGAGGCUCGGUGUUCUAAAAGAGUUUCUAUGUAGCUGCCCUCUCAUUUGUGGGGGUGAAGGCGGCACGUUCCCCGGUGUUAUCGUCCGAUUUUCGUAUGCAGAGUUGGAGCAAGCGACAGGGAAAUUCUCAGACGAGCAUCUUAUCGGAGUCGGCGGAUCAAGCAAGGUGUACCGAGGCCAGCUUAGCGAUGGCAAAAUUGUUGCCGUGAAGAAGCUUAGGCCCCUGGGAGGUGCAGAUGAAGACUAUGAGUUCCUAUCCGAGAUCGAGCUGCUGUCGAGGCUGAACCACUGCCACGUGGUGCCAUUGCUGGGAUACUGCUCGGAGAGCCAGGGCCGGCAGCUGGAGAGGCUGCUGGUGUUCGAGUGCAUGUCCAAUGGCAACCUGAGGGACUGCCUGGACCUGAAGCAAGGGAGGAAGCCGAUGGACUGGCAGACCAGGGUGGGUGUCGCGCUCGGCGUUGCGAGGGGGCUGGAGUACCUGCACGAGGCGGCCGCGCCGCGCAUCCUCCACCGCGACAUCAAGUCCACCAACAUCCUGCUGGACGACAAGUUCAGAGCCAAGAUCACUGAUCUAGGCAUGGCCAAGUGCCUGAUGAACGACGGCGUGACGAGCUGCUCGAGCUCCCCGGCGCGGAUGCUGGGCACGUUCGGGUACUUUGCGCCGGAGUACGCCAUCGUGGGCAAGGCCUCGCUCAAGUCAGACGUGUUCAGCUUCGGCGUCGUCGUCCUGGAGCUCAUCACCGGCCGGCCGCCCAUCCACAAGUCGCCCUCCACCGGGGCCGACGAGAGCCUCGUCAUCUGGGCGACGUCGCGGCUGCGGGACAGCAGGCUGGUGGUGACGGAGCUGCCGGACCCGGCGCUGCAGGGCAGGUUCCCGGCUGAGGAGAUCCAGAUAAUGGCGCACCUGGCGAGGGAGUGCCUGCAGUGGGACCCCGAGGCCAGGCCCACCAUGACCGAAGCGGUCCACAUCCUCUCCACCAUCGCCCCCCUCCACGGCGCCAAGCGCCGGAACCUCCCCAUCCCCAUGGCCGCCGCCUUCAACCUCGCGACGUCGCCUCACGUCGGGAGAUGUGAGCCCGAGGCCGACGACAUCGAGAGGCAACAGGAAUACUCGUCGUCCGUCCAGUGGCAAGCACCGCCGGGCCGAGCGUCCUGGCCCGGCGACAGGGGGAAUGUUAUUAACAAGGGCGGCUGCGCGGUAGUGUCGGGCGAGCUGGUGAACGGGAUGCUACUGAUGAGCCCCCACGGUCGGAGCAGCUGGCGGCGGAGGGCGGCGGACGAGGAGGAGGCGGUGGACCUGACGGAGCCCCGGCUGGAGACGUUCACGCAGCCGGCAAUGUUCAGAUGAAUGAAUGUAUUUAUUUAUUAGAGGCUUUAUAUUAAUUUAAUUAGAGAGUGUUAGAUGGGAGUAGCGGUUCUGAUCAGUGGUGCCAUUAGCAAUAAGCGCGAGGAGAGGAGAGGGGAGGGAAGCUGGACCUGCUUCUUGUUCUUCUUCUUCUUCACUACUCUUGAUGUCUGCAUGCAUGAAUGUACAUUACAGGCGAACCUGAUUAGUUGAAGAAGAAGAAACGUUAUUGAUAUCUAUCU